AUGUGCACCCCUUGUGUACCAUGUGAUUAUGGUUGCUAUACAAGCGGAUACCGCUGGGGACCUUACAACUAUUCUCCAGUUAUGUCUAGCUUAUUUUGCCCUAACCCCAACCCUUCUUGGAGCUUCUAUGGCGCCGGAUGCCCAAUGAGUCCCAAUAACACUGGAUAUCCUGCCUGCUGUCCUUAUUGCGGUUACUGUGGCGUUAUGAACAACAUGUCCCAAUCAUACAACAACGUGGUUGCAGACUUCCCUAUAAACACUAUGUGUAGCCAUGUAUUCAACCAAUUUAAUAGAUUUAAUCCCGAAAGUUUCGUCAAGUUGCCGUGCCUAGAGGAAAUGUUCAAAGACUUGCAGAAAACUUCCACUCCGCUUCCAAAGCAGGUCCAGCCUAUGAGCACCAUAGCCCCUAAAGUGAAAUGCAAAGUGUCUAAACCACAAGCAGUAUAUAGACCUAAGCCGCAAGUGAACGAUCCAGGAACUGACUUCAGGUUAGUUACUGAAGGACCACGAGUGUUGAAUCCUCGUUUGAUGAAAAGCCGCGCCCCGUCUAAAACAAAAUUAUUUCCAACCACAGACGGACGGACUACAGAAACGCUUAACAGCAACAGCCCAAUUUAUUAA